AUGGCGGCGACUAAGAUCCAAGCUCUCUGGAAUCACCCCGCCGGUCCCAAGACGAGUUCAGUUGCCGUUGCUUUUCUUCUCUUCCUCCUCGCGUCUCUCAUCUGUGUGCUCUCUGACGUGGGGCGAUUCUGUUUAGUCAACAGAAUUUUUGAGUCACAUGUAUUUUUCGCAUGUAUUUUUAAAUCUGGUCUAACUUCUAGAUGUCCGCCCUACACGGCCAAAUGCUGUUUUACUGUUGCGUACUAUCCCAGUGAAUUAUGCGGACUGCUGAAGAAAACCGAAUGGUUGACGUUAAGCGUUUGAAAAUGUAGCUUCGUUCUUCUUCAGGUCUUGGAGUAUCGGGUAGAUUCUUAAGAAUUUGUUUACUCUCGAGAACGGUGGCAUAGGCCAUCUCUUGCGCUUCGCGGGUUGCUCCCCCUCACACUAUCUGGGAGGAUAUAUGCUGCGGACCUGUCCAGGUGUAGGGAAAGCUUGUAUACGUAGAUCCUGGUCUCUUUGAUUCCAACCUAACGACGUGUCUAAUUUCGAACGUUUCAUAAUUUUUGUUUCAGAUUCUCUCAGGAAUUGGAAAUGACAUUCUAAACACUUACUUGGUUGACGCAAUUGGUUGCGCAAUAGCGAUGAAAAAUCCUUGGACGUCAGGAGUUUCUUCAUCAACUAUGUUUAUAAUAUGACACCUGUGAUAGUGACACUGACUUCGAUUAAAUUGCUAUAUAUUUAGUAUGAACAUCUAGUGAGCCUUCGUGGAUCCUCCAUUUUAUAUGAUAAUACAGGAAAAAGGUUUUUAUGUUUGGUCUUAUAAAAGUUGAUCCGUUUUAAGAUUUAAUCAUUUCGUAAGUUUUAAUGCGUAGAAUAUGCAUGGAAACAUAUGGCUAUUCUAUUAUGCUUUCUGAUGUGGGUGUGUGCUUCUUUGAAUUCAGAAUCAUAGUUACAAGGAUUAUGCUGCUUGUGUACUUGGCAUCCUGUCUUGAUGGUUUGUGAUAUGUGUAAUCAUAUAUUCUGUAAAACUAUUAAUUGAGAGAUAAGUUUCAGCAUUAUCAUUGCGCAUUGAACAUGUUACUUUAAAGUGUUUUCCACUUUACUCUAACUAGAUAUUGUUUUAUCAUGGCAGUUCACUUUUGGGCGCCAACCUUUAAGUGGGGUAUCAGUAUAGCAAAUGUUGCUGAUUUCGCAAAGCCACCAGAAAAAAUCUCGUAUCCACAGCAAGCUGGUAAGUUGUAUUUACUACCAGUUAUCUUAAGCUUAUUUUAGCAUUUUAUCCGCUGGUUUUAAAAUUUCUGAUUGAAUGGAUGAGUAUUUUACUUCUAUUUUAUUGUCUGCAGCUGUCACAUGCACCGGGGUUAUUUGGUCGCGCUACAGUACAGUAAUUAAACCGGUAAGAGGAGAAAAUUAUAAAAGGGUUAAACGCUUUGUAACACACUUAACUUGGCAAAUUUUAUGCUGUUCUCUUAUCAACGAAAACAUGGUGUCAUGUUCUGUUGGAUGGCGAACUUUAUUCCUUUGGAAUGAAUUUGUGGGCACAGAAACAUUGGUGGCAUACUAAACCUUCAUUUUGAGCAUACCACAAUUCUAUUCUGGUUGUUGUCUGUCUUCCUCUAAAAGCUAUUUGAAAAUUAAUAAUUGUCCUAUGCAGUGUUUUAUUCAGCGGCGUUGCUUUUCAUGCAAAAUGGUUUCUUUGUUUAAUUUGGAUGGUUGUCUUUGGUGCAUUAGUAAUCUCUCUUUUAUUUGUCAGUCUAAUUACUGUGAUGCUUCAUUUUAAGUGAGGUUUUCAUUGUUUGGAUGGAUGAGUAUUGUUGUACAUUCGAGUUUAGAAAUAACUUAUGUUCGUAUUAGUUGGAUUGAAGAUUAAAAGAGAAUCUGAAAAUCACCAGCAUGCGGGGUUGGAUCGGAAAUGUCAUGGUGAUGUUUGAUGUAUUGCUUUGGUUUUAUGGGCUGUGUAAUUUCAGACAUAUCAUAUCUGUGGAGAAGAGUGUGGAGACUCUGAAAUACAUUUCUGGGAGCUUGGGUCGCAUAUCCAAUGUGGAAGUUUUUGGUAAUGAGUUUCCAUGUAAUCAUGCUACAACUAUUGCGCCUAAUUUAUAUUGUAGUGCUAAACUGUUGACAUAUAACCUGACGAGGCAGUGUAAAAAUUGUCUGAGUAGCAUAAUCUGUUAGAUCUUUGGUGAAAAACAUUCUCCUUUUCUUAAUGGUAAACAUGUUUUGACAUCGUAAUGAUUAGCUGAUCUUAGGAUGUGCUACUAUGGUACAAGAGCUUGAUCCCUUGGGUGUGAGGUUUGUUCCUGACAUUUCAAGGCAGGGUUUCAUUUGGGCCAAAGCACGCUCUGACACAUUAUUCUGGCAGAAUAAUGUUUAGAUGUCUGAUUUUCGAGUUGAUUUGAAUCUGCUCGAUCUCGUUCGAGUCAUCUUUAAAAGGAUAGGACGAUGUAGAUGGAAAAAUUCAAUUUGGUCGCAAAGCUAUAAAGCAUGUUUAUGGAUUUUGACGACAUGUUAAGCAUGCUUAUAAACGGGUAAAAAGUUUAAGAACACUUUUAACGGUGACACAAUUUGUAGCCAUUACAAUCAAUCUCAUACAGGUGGUGGAGGUGAAGGGAGGGAAUGAAUAAUGAUUAAAGUAGAUGAGAAAGAUCCAGAGGCAAUUGUUGGGUGGAAUUAGCCUGUUCCUCUUUUUCUUGCCUUCUUUUUUUUUUCUAUGACUUCACUCAGGCUGACCAGCUUUGAAAGACAGUUUUUCAUGGUGCUGAUGUCAGCAUUCAAAAAGGGAAAUCCAUAGGCAUCUAAUAAUAAUGAAUUCGAUCUAAGUAUUGCUAUUACAUCUCUACCAUACGGAAAGGUUUGCUUAGAUAUGAUUAAUUGAGUAUGUUUCUUGGCAUUUUUGAAAAGGCUGCUUAGAUUUUACAAAUGAAAAUCAGGAAGAGUGUCCAAUUUUUUUAUAACUUCAAUUAAAUUUCGUUGCUUUGAGUAAAUUUCCUCAUGGUUCACUUCGCUAAGUAUCCAUAGCUCUCUUAAAAUUUCGAAUAAAAUUGUCAUGGCUGUCUUAGAGAAAAACAUGAUCCCCAAACUCACCAAGUGCUUCAAAAAAAUAAUCCAAAAAAUUAUACUUUGGGUUACAAUAUGUAGGUAUUCAUCAAACUAGUGUAUAAAUAUUUUGAGUAAGUGAAAAAUAUGCAUUUUUAAAAAAUUGGAAUGUAUAUAUCCCUGUUAGAAAAAGUAAAUGAUUUGAGAUAAAUGCCGAAAAGAACACAUUCUUAUCUCAAUGUUUACAUAUUAUGAUCUCAGAGCAUAUCAAUGAUUUUCCUCCAUUAGAAGGAUGAUGUUGGCAUCGUUCUUUUGAUAACAAUUGUAAACGUUCUACAGUAAAACCCUAUUACUUUCUGCAGAUACUUUCUUCCAUGAGGAUUUGAAUGUAGAAUUAACUUUAGAAAUCACAAAGUUCCUAUUGAUGCAGACUGGCCUUAUUCUUUUAUAUUUUCGUAAGUCAGGAAAUAUUUGGAAAUGAUGUGCAUUCCAACUGUUCACAUUAUGAUGGAAAUGGAGAGAUAUGUGCAUUCCAGCUGGCCAUUUCCGAACCAGCUGGUAGAUUCAGCAGUUUGAUUAAUCAAUCAUUCCAACUGUUCACGUUAUGAUGGAAAUGGAGAACUAAUCAGUUUGAUUAAUCAAUCAUUCACACUUAGUCUCCUACUGAGAGUGUUACCCUUUGCAUCAUUGUAAUCAUUGCUGGAUCACCCGUGCACAGAAGCUGCCCGCAGUGGCUCACAUUGCCGUUGUUUCUAGUAGAUGUGGGUGAUAAUUAUUUUUUUAUUUUUUUUCUUGUUAUGAUUGCAGAAGAAUUGGAAUCUUUUCAGUGUAAAUGUUGCAAUGGCUGGGACAGGAAUUUACCAGCUGGUCCGGAAGAUCAGGUAUGAUGUCGUAUCUCAGAGUAGUGCAGCAUCUGGAAAGAAUCCUCUCUUCUUGUGCUUUUUUAAGGAUGAUAAACACCCCUGGUUGAUUGGAAUGUUGACUUUUUUUUUUUUUUUGAUGGGGAUCUUAGCGGGAGCCCUUUCUUGAGGUUUCCGCAAGGACUGGGCCUGACCCGGGUUCCGUUGACUCCCCUGCUCCAUCUUCUCCGCCUGUUCUCAUUGACUAUGGGUUUCAUAUUUCUUAGGCAUGACUACUAUUCUGAGGCGCAAGAGGCUUCUGCGGAGGAGGAAGCAGUCUCAUGA